AUGGCACCCUCGGCAGCAUACAAGCCUGAUGAGCGAAGUAAAGGCGUGAGAUUAGCAAAGAGGACCCACUACGACACCGGCCUAGUCCACAACAUCGUCAAUACCUGCUCAAUUUUACACGUCUCCUUCAAUGCCCCCGCCAUACACAACGAGCCACAAUUUCCGACAAUCCUUCCCAUGCUAGGAGCCAUUGCCCGAUAUUCCACAGACGACAUCGCAUCUCUCUACCUCCACGGCUCCAGCGUUGCCCGCCUGUUCAAGUUGACCGAAGGCGGUACCCAGGAGCUCCCAAUGUGUGUUGCGGCUACGCAUAUCGACGGCUACGUCCUCGCCCUGGCUCCAUUUCACAACAGCUGUAACUACCGCUCCGCUGUCUGCUUCGGCCAUGGAUCCUUGGUGACGAGCCCCGAGGAGAUCCUGUUCGCGCUUGAACUCAUCACCAACAACUCCGUACCAGAAAGAUGGGAAAACAGCCGUUCUGCUCCCACCAAGGCCGAGCUGACCAGUACUGCGAUCCUCAAAAUGACCAUCGAGACUGCGUCAGCCAAAGUCCGCACGGGUGGCCCAUCAGACGAUCGCGCAGACUCCCAGGAUCGCGAACUAGUGGGCAGGACGUGGACGGGUGUAGUUCCUACGUACACGGUUCUCGGCGCGCCCGUAGAGUCGGACUAUAACCAAGUCAAGGCCGUUCCGGAGUACCUUGACGACUGGGUAGCGGAUGCGAAUUCGAUGGCGGAGCAAAGGGCAGUUGAUGCUGUUGACCCACCUCCUGCUGAUGAUGGGGUGGAAGGGUGA